GGAUCACCAGUCAAUACCCACAAAGCUCUUCUAUAUAUUUUCUAUGUUAGUUGUAAGGGCUAAUAUUUUACCCAUUUGACAGAGCUGAAGCUCUGUUAGCUGAAAAGGAACUCUUCUUCUUCUUCUUGUUCUUCUUCUUCUUCUUCGGGUUCUUGCUUGCGUUGAUCAUUUUUGUGGGUUCCCCUGGGAAGCUCUGGUGUUUUUACAAGACAAGAAGACAGCUGACUGUUUUGGAGUCUAACGAAUGUGCUCAGACAGCGUUUGAGUAUUCUUUGGAUACGUUGCUCUGGUUCAGCUCUCGCUAAGGCCCCAUCUCUGUCCCCUCUUGCAUUGACUGUCUGUGCUUUAUGGCUUUUUGAGCGGGCUUUAGUGAAGAAAAUCUUGUUUUAAGGAUGAUUUCUCUCAGUUGGGACUUGAGAGAAUUUGGACUGCUGUAGAUUUAAACUUUGGUGCUGAAGAUGACUCCGACACACAAGCGUUCGAAGAGCUUUCCUGCCAAGAAAAGAGAGGAGGAAGAAAGUAGUGUAGUUGAAGAUUCACACCGUGUAAAGCUGGACGUGGGUUACAUGACAGACACCAUCGAAAGCAAGGCGAAGACUUCCACCACCGGCAUUAAAGUCCAUGGUUCUCUAAAGCGAGAGAUUUUGCAGCUGGAGAAAAGACUAAAGGACCAGCUCAAGGAGCGCCACGCUCUGGAGAAGGCACUGGGUUUGAAGAGUUCGUCCUCCUACGGCGAUACAAGUCACACCUCGAUGCCCAGGCCGGUGGCUGAAUUGAUUAAGGAAAUCGCCAUUCUAGAGUAUGAAGUGAUGUACUUGGAACAAUACCUCCUCUCCUUGUACCGAAAGGCUUUUGAUCAACAAACCCCGCCCUUGCCGCCCUCUAACAAGGAGAAAAGGAUAGAAACACCACUAGAUACCCCAAGAGGGAGUUUCCUAGAACUUCCUAGGCAUAACACCGUGGCACUGCGAGGGAAGAACGUGGCAGUCCAAUCCAGUUGCAAGUUGAUCACUAGGCCGUCAAAGGAUGGUGAAGAGAAAACAUUUGAUUCCAUCCAUCGUUGCUGCUCCUCGCUCUUAGAACGGUCAGCUCAAACUUCUUCUCCGGUGGAGUCCGCAGCUAAAGCUCUGCGUCCCUGUCAGUCUCAACCAGUGUCAAUGAUGGAGUAUGCUCAGAAAACUCCCCUCAGAAUAAUUAGUUUGGCGGAACAUCUCGGUGCCAGGAUUUCCGACCAUGUUCCAGAAACACCGAACAAGCUCUCUGAGGACAUGGUCAGGUGCAUUUCAGGCAUCUAUUGCAAACUCGCAGACUCGCCCCUGAUGCAUAAUGGCCUCUCGUCUCCUAGCUCAUCUUUGUCAUUGGCCAGCGCUUUUUCUCCACGAGAUCAGUUGGAUGCAUGGAGUCCCGGGUUUGGAAACAGCUCUUCCUUCGAUGUUUGCUUAGAUAAUCCUUUCCACGUGGAUGGACUCAAGGAUUUUAGCGGACCGUAUAGCACCAUGGUCGAAGUGGGAUGGCUGCAUCGGGAUAGCCAGAAAUUGGGUGACAUCCAAGACUCUUUGCAGAAUUUUAGGUCGCUUAUCUCUCGCUUAGAAGAAGUAGAUCCAAGGAAGUUAAAGCAUGAGGAGAAGCUAGCAUUCUGGAUCAAUAUCCACAAUGCAUUGGUGAUGCAUGCUUUUCUGGCUUAUGGAAUCCCCCAGAACAACUUAAAGAGAAUGUUGCUACUAUUGAAGGCAGCCUACAAUGUUGGUGGGCACACCAUCAGUGCUGGCACGAUACAGAGCUCGAUCCUCGGAUGCCGGUUGGCUCGACCUGGACAGUGGCUCCGCUUAUUACUGUCUACGAGGUCCAAGUUCAAAAGCGGCGACCCAAGGCAAGCCUAUGCAGUCAAGCAAUCUGAACCCCUCUUGCACUUUGCGCUCUGCUGUGGAAGUCACUCCGACCCUGCGGUCCGAUUAUACAAUCCCAAAAGAGUGUUUCAAGAGUUGGAAACUGCGAAGGAAGAGUACAUACGCGCGACUUUCGGUGUUCGCAAGGACCAGAAGAUCCUUUUACCAAAGGUCGUGGAGUCAUUCGUGAAGGAUUCAGGGCUGAGCCCAGCUGGAGUUGUGGAAAUGAUUCAGCUGUGUUUGCCCGAGUCCUAUAGGAAGACCUUCAAGAGGUGUCAGCUCACCAAAUCGCGCAAGACCAUCGAGUGGAUUCCGCACAAUUUUAGUUUCCGCUAUCUGAUAACGAAAGAGUUGGCGAAGUGAUUAGGCUUUUCUCGGAGUAAACGUGACCAAUGUGAUUAAUCAUUUGAGUCUCUUGUUUUCCCAGGGUGGAAUGACUGGGUUGCUUUGUACAGUCUAUGAGGCAGGACAUGACAAGAUGGAACAGAAAUCUCCUACAUAUUUUUCUUGGAAUGCAAUCUGCCGUAAUGCCAACUUCUAUAAUGCCCCCAAAAAUUAGAUUACUCAAGAUAUACAAGGAUUCAUAUUCGCUAAUUCAUAUAAAUAA